ACUAUGAUGAUGUUUGAGGGGGAGGAGGUUUGAUGCUGAGCCAGGAGGGAAGGGGUGUGCCUUUAUAAGAAGCCUCAGAGGAGGUAUGUGUUCAGUUGUUGAAAUCCUUAGCCUAAGGAUACAAGCUGAGAUUACAAACUCCCUUGAAGCCACAGAAGAAGCCCUCGAAGAAAAUCACUACGUCACAGAUAAAGGCUGGACUUCCCGUACUUGACCCUUAUCCAGCUGUGAUUGCUCCGUCUUCUCUUGGCACCCCUGCUCGUCGGGCUCCCGUUUUUUUUUUUCCUGCCUGUCCGGGUGUGCGGAGCCAUGAAGAUCCCUCUGUGGUGCCUGCUGGUUCUGCUUCCGUGUUUCUUCACCCCUGGACGCAGCGACUGCCAGGGGGAGUGCCUGGCCUGCGGCCUUGUCCUACAGAAGCAGCAACUGCAUCAAGCCUUUGACACGAUGAUGUGCAUUUUAGAGUGCAAGGGUCAGAUCUCCUCCUCGCGCACCUGGGAGUUGUGUGAGCACGCCCUGAAGCUCGCCAUCUAUCCUCCGCUUGCCGAGGAAGGCGGCCUUCUGAAAAGCACGGCGGGAGAGCUGCAGAUGACCUCCCUGGAUCUGACCUCUGAUGGUGAACUGCAAUCAGCGGCCGCACAACCUUACCAAGAGGAGGACGAGGACCUGGUCGAGGCCCCCUUUGAGCAGCGCCGCGUCCAUUACGAUUCAUCGCUGCUGGAAUCCUCGGAGGCGGGGGAGGACGUGCAGAGCCUGGCUCUCCAUCUGAACGACGGAGACAGCGAGCAGAGGGAAGGCGGGAACGUCAGCGAGCGGGAUGAAAGCUCGGAGGCCGUUAGCUUAUCGAAACGCUUCGGCGGCUUUCAGCGGGGGCGCCACGGUUACAGGAAGUUGAUUGGCUCCCCCGCGAGACACCUCCAGAAGCGCUACGGAGGCUUCAUUGGCGUCCGCAAAUCUGCCCGAAAAUGGAACAGUCAGAAACGGGUCAACCAGCUGCUCAGGCAGUACCUCGGCAUGAGGAGCAGCCGCAGCGGCCGCUUCAACUUCUCCCCGGUAACAAGAGCCUGGAGGCAAAACAAACUGUAAACACGUUGCCCAAAAUCCUGCUACGCAUACCUCAACCACUCAUCUUUUCAACAGUCUGAACUGUGACUUCCACCAUCGUCGUCGGCUCUUUGUGUCCAACCAGUAAAACUUACGAGGAAUGCUUUGACCGUGAUCAAUAUUUAUCAUGCCGUCCUGUGAAAUAAAAGAAUUUAGAGAAGUGCAAUUGAAUAGAUUUUUGUGUGUCGGUGCAACCAGCAAGACAGGCCAAAUGAGAUUGGAAAAACAGAAAAACAAGGUGUGACGUUUGACUGGGCUCUCAUGAAUGGUACUUAAAAGUCAUUUGCACUCGAUUUUGGGAACCCCGACAGCCCGGCUCGCUCUCAUUAGUUGUGUUGAAUCGAUUGAAAUGUCUAGACUUGGAAGUUUGACAUUCUGGUGUACGUCUCGCAAUUCCCAAACUCAGACAAGUGGUGCGGUCUGCAAUUCACAGUCUCCAACCAUUCUUUUUUUUUUUUUUUUAGUUGUACUUAAAAUUGCCCUCAGUGCGCCAGUUUGGACCAAUGAAACCACAAUAUUGAAUCGUCACUUUUAGUUAAAGGCAACGAAUCAAAUAGGGUUGUUUGUUUUUAAACCAUCCACUGCAUCUCAUUUCAAAUUCAGACCCCCCCCCCCCAAAAAAUGCCGCUUUAUGGUCCAAGGCAUGAUUUACAGGUGAAAUAACACUGCCCUCUAGUGGCUGAAAAGGAUGCAUGCUAUGAACCGCAUGCAAUCAUGUGGAUGUUUUUCUUCGGUACUGCAAUCACGACGAGAUUACAAAGAACAACAAACCAUUGGCUCGGAACUCUCUUGUCUGUGUAAUUAGGCGCAAAUUACAUAGUUAUCUCCUGGAACUUUUCCUUCCGCCUCAGAAAGUUUUACCAAAUGACCUGCUAGGGUUUUCAGCUAUUGAAUUCGCUCGGAAAGAAAAAAAUAUAUUAAUUAUAACAAAAGUUUGCAGAUUUGGCCCGACUGUCGUAAUUGCAAAACACCCACACUGCUCCCUUUCACACACACACACACACACACAGACACACACACAAAAAAAGGAAGCCCAAUUUAUUGUUGUGUGGAAUGCCCAAGUAAGGAGAGCCUCAUUUGUACUGAGGUCAAUGGAGCUGGAAAUGGCCUGGGCCUAUCAUUGGGUGUGUGGCACACCGUGCAAAGGCAAAGGAGUUUUAAAUGACGCCAUUCUAAUGUAUUGUUAAAGAGCAAAGGGGAGGAAUUAACAGUGCAUGUCAGCCACGGUCAUUAUUGUACCAAAAAAAAAAAACAAACAUUUAUUUUCCUUCACAGCCAUUGUUUAACAUCUUAAUCGUGUAUUUUGAGAUGUAAUGACGUCUGUACAGUGUGUGUAUUUGUGUGCGCGUGCGCGUGAGUGUGUGCCUGUGUGUGUGUGGAGCGUGUUUGAGAAACGUUGCACCUGCAUGUGUGCAUGCUUCUCUACACCCGCAUCUCAAAAUGACAUUUGUGGAUACAAUGUAAAUUUUAAGAAUUUUUAACAUUAAAUCAUUGUUGUAAGACGUCAUAAAAUGUGUAUAGAAAAAAAAAUCGAGAAUAAAAUAGUUUGCUAUUU